AAGGAAACAGGGGGGUAACCCGAAUUCCAACACGUAAUCUGCGCUACUAACGCGUGGGCAUACGAUCAUAUAAUGCGCUGGGAUAGAUAUAAGGAUAACUACGCCGCAAGCCUCGUUGAUUCUGGUGAAAACUGAUCCUCUACAUCCCCUCCGUAGGGCUAGUAAACACACCACCCCUUGCGCCUCAUCAAGCCUAUCGCUAUGGCCGCCUCGGUCACUGAAGCAGCCCCCGUCGGCCAAACCCAGGAUAUCGAGAAGAAAGUUUCGGGCGAUGACAAUAUCAAGGAACUUGGUGAUAACGCCGACGUUGAAGGAAGCUCGGUCCACAAACAAGAUGGUGUUAAGCGGGUUGAAGCAAUUACAACGGUCUGGUCUAAGGACUUGCUGAUUGUCAUGUUUAUCCUGCUCUACCUCGUGACUUUUGUUGAUAUGCUGUUACAAUCCGUCCAGUCCAACCUCGUACCUUACAUUACAUCGUCUUUCAACCAGCACGGUUUAUUGGCGACCACCGGCAUAGUGGCGACCAUUAUCGGCGGUGUGUGCAAACUAACCAUCGCAAAAAUUAUCGAUAUUUGGGGCCGAUGUGAAGGUUUCAUCUUCAUGGUUGUGCUAGUCGUUAUCGGCAUGAUAAUGAAAGCGACCUGCGUCAACGUCGAGAUGUACGCCGCCGCCCAUACGCUCUAUUGGGUUGGACAUCUAGGCAUGCAAUACAUCAUCGAUAUAAUCCUUGCAGAUACCACGACGCUCCAGAACCGAAUGAUUAUGUACGGUAUCAACUCGACGCCCACGAUCGCUACCACAUUCGCUGGUCCUAAGAUUGCCGACCUUUUCUAUACCAACGUCAACUUCCGAUGGGCUUUUGGUGCAUUUACCAUUAUCUUGGUGGUAUUCUGUCUUCCAGUUGCUAUAAUUUUCAUCCUUAGCAAACGCAAGGCCGUCAAAAUGGGUGUUUAUCCCAAGAGGGUCCAAACCCGAACCGUGUUUGAAUCUGUGAAAUAUUAUCUUAUCGAAUUUGAUGUUAUUGGAAUGUUCCUUACUAUUUUCGGAUGGUCGUUAUUACUAUUGCCAUUUAGCAUAGUGACAUACGCUCCUCAUGGGUGGAAGACCGGAUACAUCAUAGCUAUGAUCGUGCUCGGCGUGGUGCUAUUGGCUGCUUUCGCCGUCUGGGAGAGGUUUUUUGCUCCCGUCGCGUAUUUCCCCUUUAAAUUCCUCAAGGACCGGACUAUUCUUGCGGCUUGCGUUCUGUACGGCACAAUGUUUUUAUCAAUUUACUGUUGGGAUGGUUACUACAGUUCGUACCUACAAGUUGUUCACGAUGAAAGUAUCACUAUUUCUGGUUAUGUAUUGAACUCCUUCUCUCUUACGUCCUCGUUCAUUGGUCCGUUCGUUGGCCUUGUUAUCCGACAAACAGGUAACUACAAGUGGACCGCGAUUGCUGGAAUUCCGUUCUGUGUCCUUGGCACCGUCCUACUGAUCCACUUCCGUACCCCCGAGUCGUAUGUCGGUUAUCUUGUCAUGUGCCAGAUCUUCAAUGGUGUUUCCAGUGGAAUCUGGGUUCUAGCAGCGCAACUUGCCAUAAUGGCAUCUGUCACACAUCAAGAAAUCGCUGUCGCGAUGGCCAUAUUUGGCCUCUUUGGAUCCAUUGGCGCCGCGAUAGGUCUUGCUAUCGCCGGUGCGCUCUGGAACAAUAUCCUCCCCCAGAAGCUGCGCGAGUUCCUACCAGAAGACAGCAAGGGUCUAGUGUCCAAGAUAUUCGGCAAUAUCAAUGUUCAAAAGUCGUACCCCAUAGGAAGCCCUAUUCGCAACGCGAUCAUCGCAGCUCUCGGAGAUGUGCAGAGGAAAAUGGUCAUUGCGGGAUCGGCGUUUAUUCCUAUCUGCGUUAUUUGCCUCUUACUUUGGAAGAACAUUAAUGUUGUGAAGCUGGAGCAAACGCGCGGAAAGCAGACCAAGGGAAAUGUGUGGUAGGCCUUGAAUCGAUGACCAGGGUUAGUUGGAACGAUCUGAAGUUGAAAUGAAGGAAACGAUUUAUGAUAUCUUAACCUCUACUACCUGGAUACUACGAAGAUACAGUUAAUCCCCAAAGAAACCAUCGGAUUUAAUUAAUUGUGAGACAUUACGUCAUUAAUAUCUUUGCUUGGGAUGACAUAAGGGUCCGUCCCCUCCUGGGAUUUUUUGUUCAGCAUCCUUUUUUCUCAACCAAAUUACCGUCGAGUUCCUUUUUCAACCAUGGCCAGGAUGACGAACGUGUAUCUCCAUAGGAAAAGCCCCGAGGCGUAUAAUAGCGUAAAGGAA